UUUUUUUCUUCAACAACAUUGUUAUUUAGUACAUUUGAAUGAAAAAUGAACAAGACAAAGGUUGAUGGAAGGGGUAGUGAUCGAUUGGGUCAAAGGAGUAUUUUCUUUAGCAACAUACUUCUUCUAGGAUUCGAACCUGGUGCUAUGGAAGCCAAGUAUUCUAUUCCAUUCACAAAGGACAUGUUUGCCAUGCCAAACAAGAAAGCAUUUGAGGUUGUCAUGUAUUUCCUGUUGACACGACUCAACCCAGCCUUGGCUAAAGAACGAUUCAGAGUGUGCUAUCCAGUAUGUGACAAAAAACAAGAGCAGUUGUUUCGAAGAGCAGUUACUAAUUGGCUUACUGAGAUUACAAAGGAUAGUGGUGAAGCUUAUCUUCCAAGGAUAGCACCCUCAUUAUUAAUGUCACCCUCUGGAGACAAGUUUUACAAUCUUCUGCUUCAUCUAUCUGCUCAUGUUCUUACUGUAGUGGCAAAAUCAUCACACGGUUUAAAGAGUCGUGAUUUGUUACAGCGUCCUCGGUUGGUGCCAUCGUCUAUACAUCUUGGUAGCGUGAUGGCGAAGACGGUGGGGGCAUCAGCUAUUCGUCAUCGUAAACGAUUUCUUCAGCAGUUACAGGAGACAACGGCCAUGCAAGACCAAUGGACUCAGUAUGCAGCGGAGUUGACAAAAGAGCACCGUACAUUAAGCAAGUCCAUACGUGGAUUAGAACAAAAAUUACAAGAUCAGUACGACAAGGCAAAUCAUUUGGCAAAAGCUCGAGGGAGCCCACCCCCAGUGAGACGUCACCAGUCUGGAGAAUGUUUUGAAGGGGAACCAGAGAUUCAAGCAAUUCGAAGAACCAAGAAAGUUCACAAGAUUCGAGAACUGUGGAAAGCUGUUGACAACCUCCACACUACCCAGAAACCAGAACGUGAUGUUUUGCAGUCAGUCGUAGAGGGUGCUGCAAAUCGGUUCAAAUUGGAUGCUAACGAUAUCAAUGUACAUAUUCCUGAACUGUUACUUAGGGACUGUGAAAAAGAACUUCAGAGGCGGAAUCUGGCUAACACUUAUGAAGGCGGAAAGCUAAACCUACUGACUCUUAUCCACUUGUGGAACCUCUCACUUCACUUAUACCUAGAGCAGCUUAACCAAGUUUCUCUGCCUGAUUUUGGAGAGCUUGCCCCAGCUGUAGUCACACAGGUGCACAACCAACACACACACUUGGCAAAUACACAGACCCUCAGGUCAACUCUAUCCAAUGAGCUACUACCGCAACUUAAGGAGUCUAUAGCAAUGCUGAAGGAAGAAUUAGAACUUCAGGGUGACAGUACAUUAAGACAAACAGACUCCUUAAGUUCCUCUAGAAAUAAGUCUCAUGAUCUUACCCUUCUGCCAUCAACACCACCGGUAUCGUUUCAACCAGACACAAAUAUGAGAGGCGGUACACCACAGGAAAUCACAGGCAAACCUUUGCAGAAGUCACCGGAUAUUAUGGACACACCAGAGGCAGCCUCCCUCCUUAGAAGUGUCAUCGACAAAGCUGCACUGCGUCGGACCGCAAUAGCCCAAGGAACACCGGUCAGCACUAAUAGAAACCUGAAAGAUAUGGGAUCUAAACUACCAAGACCAACAACAACUGUUGGAAGUGAUGUAGUAGAAGACAGGAAAAGAAUCAAGUCUGCACCAUCUAGAAGCCAAUACACCUCAACUCCAUCAUGUGAACCCCUCAGGCACCCUAAAACAACCAAGAAGGCAUCAAAUGGCAGCUAUAUCCAUCACCAAAUAGGAAACCAAACUGUGGAGGAUAAAGCUAACAAAGAUCAUGUCAAAGAUCAUGUCAAAGUUCAUGUCAAGGAAAGAAGAGAUGUAAAGAAAACUGACACCAAGAAGAAAUUCAAGCCUAAAAGAAAUCACCACCACAAACCAAGUUCUGCUGUAAAAGCCACAACCACAGCCAAUGGUAGUGACACAUCAGCACUCAGAGAUAUCAACACAUUGACAGUCAGUGACAUUGGCACCCCAGCAGUCAAGGACCUUGGUACCCCAGCUGUCAGUGACACUCGCACACCAGCUGUGAGUUCCAUCAAUAAACCUAAGUCGACUGCUAAAGUAACUACUGCAGCUCAUACGCUUCUUGCUGAUCAGAUUGCAGAUGCUGUGGCUGGAUCCUUUGUGGAUGGGAACACACCCUCUCCAAACUCACAGCCACUUGCCUUAGAUGAUCCUCUUGCUGCAUUACAUCAAACUGCUUUUACGACGAGAGACAAACUUAAUCGAACUCCAGAGAGAAAAACUGCCAAGGAAAAUGGUGAAGAGAGGGUUUCAACAUCAAAGAGUUCACAAAUGCCUACAAAAAAGCUGUUUGAUGGUAAGUUGUUGUCAUUAUCAUUAAUAGAGGCAGCCUCCCUCCUUAGAAGUGUCAUCGACAAAGCUGCACUGCGUCGGACCGCAAUAGCCCAAGGAACACCGGUCAGCACUAAUAGAAACCUGAAAGAUAUGGGAUCUAAACUACCAAGACCAACAACAACUGUUGGAAGUGAUGUAGUAGAAGACAGGAAAAGAAUCAAGUCUGCACCAUCUAGAAGCCAAUACACCUCAACCCCAUCAUGUGCACCCCUCAGGCACCCUAAAACAACCAAGAAGGCAUCAAAUGGCAGCUAUAUCCAUCACCAAAUAGGAAACCAAACUGUGGAGGAUAAAGCUAACAAAGAUCAUGUCAAAGAUCAUGUCAAGGAAAGAAGAGAUGUAAAGAAAACUGACACCAAGAAGAAAUUCAAGCCUAAAAGAAAUCACCACCACAAACCAAGUUCUGCUGUAAAAGCCACAACCACAGCCAAUGGUAGUGACACAUCAGCACUCAGAGAUAUCAACACAUUGGCAGUCAGUGACAUUGGCACCCCAGCAGUCAAGGACCUUGGCACCCCAGCUGUCAGUGACACUCGCACACCAGCUGUGAGUUCCAUCAAUAAACCUAAGUCGACUGCUAAAGUAACUACUGCAGCUCAUACGCUUCUUGCUGAUCAGAUUGCAGAUGCUGUGGCUGGAUCCUUUGUGGAUGGGAACACACCCUCUCCAAACUCACAGCCACUUGCCUUAGAUGAUCCUCUUGCUGCAUUACAUCAAACUGCUUUUACGACGAGAGACAAACUUAAUCGAACUCCAGAGAGAAAAACUGCCAAGGAAAAUGGUGAAGAGAGGGUUUCAACAUCAAAGAGUUCACAAAUGCCUACAAAAAAGCUGUUUGAUGAAGAUUGGCUUGCCUCUCCACCUGGUUACCAAGACAUUGUUGUUUCUGAAUUUAAGGAGGAACAGUCUGUUAUUAAGGAAACAUAUGAGAAAAAUAGUAAUGCUGGUUUGAGUGCCAAAAGUCAUCAGAAAACUGACAUUAAACCUGAAGACAAUUCUGAGCCUAAAGUCAUGCGUGAGGAUUAUUCAAAUUCAGAUUACUCAACACAACAUGCAUAUCACACAAAACUAGACCUAGAAUUGCAGGCAUCAGAUUCACCAGUUAUAGGGACUCCAGAGGGUCUCUACAAGGACUUCCAAAGUGAUCUAUCAGAAAUCUUUGCAUCAAAAACUCCAAGCUUACCACUUAGAUCAAGACAACGCCUAAAAGCAAGGAAAGACAAUUUUGUAGAUUCACCCAUUGUAGAAUCAAUGCGUACCAGUGUUGCAAUGAAAACCUCAUUAUCAACUGGAAUAGAAAUGCCUAUGGAUGGAUUAGGAUCACCAAAUGGAGACAUUUCGGCAGGAUUUACUCUAGAUGAUCUCUUGAAAGAAACACGGUUGUCAGUAGAAAGUGGAUCUAGCGAGAUAUCAGGUGAAAGCAUGCCAAAAAGUGCAUUAAAGGCCAGGAAUGGAAGUGACGAUUCACAAAAGAGUGUCCAUUUCUCCAGUGGUUAUCAAGAAAAUAUCUUUGAGGAGGAAGCAAACUCUUCUAGUGACAGAUCUCUCGCAGAAAAUGCUAAAACUAAGCAUGAAAAUCUUGAUGAAGAUUUAGAUCAAUUUUCAGGUUCUGUCCACUCUCAUAGAAACAGAUUAAGUGGAAUGUUUUCAGAAGAUGAAAGUUUUGAUCUUGAUAUAUCCAGACCAGUUGAAGAACUCUUGCAUUACAUUUCCCCAGCCACUACACCAACACAUUUAGAGAGUCAUGGAGGAGUACGAUUGUCAAGUCAUCCAACAGAUUCACCAUUUGAUAUUUCAAAACACGAUGCUACUGUGUCAUUACUUGAAAGGUUGAAACUUACUUCAGUGAGCUCAGACAAUGCAUCUCCCCGAGAUACUCAAAUGAGAAAGGAAAUGUCUGAUAGAAACCAACAGGAACUUGUGAAUACAAUGGAUUUUCAUGAUGAUUUUUGUGCAGUUAAAAUUUCAAAUCUUCAAAGAGAAGAUGAUUGUGAAUUGAGUAAAAGCACAGUGACAAGAUCAACAUCCAAUUUUGACCUAUUAGAUGAAAGUGAUGACUCAAUCCUAAUGCCUUCAUCACCAAUGCUAGGGAAUGAUUACUCUCCUAUUGACCAAAUGGUAUCUCCGCUGGCAGGUAAUGUACAUCCCUCCAUCAUCCCUCCAUCGCCAGCAGUUGGACAACUCAUUGACAUUUGAGGUGCUAUCAAAUGACAGCUUCAUGAGUGAAAGCUAACUGUUCUAUUAUCUAAAAGAACAAGUGGUUGGAGAGCAUAUAGCUACAUGAGACGCUACCAGACGAUGUCCCCAGUGGCAGAAAGAGCCUGCAUUUCCAUUAUUCAGAUGACCUCACCAGUGCUUUGACAUCCCUGAUGGCGGGAAAUGACCAUUUUCAUAUUUUUCUGAUGAUAUUUAAAAUGCCACCAGCAGACAUCACUAACAGACCAUUGUUCUAUCAAGACAACUACACUAGUUGGUCAGCCCACGGGUAUGAAAGAGGUCAACUGAUGAUAUGCCUGCCACCUGGUGCAAUUUGGCAAGUAUAAGUGGAAAAGCAGCCACUAAAUAUCUGAAAUAUGUGUGGUGCAACUUCCUUCAUGGUGAAAUAGAAGCAUGUCCACUAUUGAUUGUAUCAGCUGCUGUAUAUACAACCGAUAUAUAGUAAAUUAAAUUUAAUUUGUUGUAAAGAAUGCAUUUCCUGUUUGCUUGCCAGCCAAUUAUUACUGUGAAUAAAGCACAGGCGUUUAUGUAUUUUAACUUUAGAUUUUAUAAAUAUUAAUAUUGAAAUAUUUUCUUAUUCUGUACAAUUUAAAUGUUUAUUAUUUCUGUGUGUGCUUUAUUUUUUGAGAUUAAUUCCACAAUGGACAAUAAAUAUCAUUAUGGUUCUGUCAUGUAUAGAAAAACAUAAUUGUCAUUAAAUGACAUCUGUGAGUCAAUAAAACAUAUCCUCUAUAGAUUAUUUUA